AUGAAUGCUGCUGCGAACAUUGAAUAUUUUUGUACGUAUCUGUGUGAAUAUGUUGAAUUCUCUUACCCGCCCCUGAUUCCAGGAGAUGGACAUGACAGCCACACUUUACCUGAAGAAUGGAAAUACUUGCCCUUCCUUGCUUUGCCAGAUGGUGCACACAACUACCAAGAAGAUACUGUGUUUUUUCACUUGCCACCCAGAAAUGGAAAUGGAGCCACAGUAUAUGGUAUCUCUUGCUAUCGACAAAUUGAAGCCAAGGCAUUGAAAGUAAGGCAAGCAGAUAUUACCAGAGAGACUGUUCAGAAAAGUGUCUGUGUCCUAAGCAAACUGCCUCUCUAUGGUUUACUUCAAGCAAAACUUCAGCUCAUUACACAUGCAUAUUUUGAAGAGAAGGAUUUUUCCCAAAUUUCCAUUCUAAAGGAGCUUUAUGAACAUAUGAAUAAUUCCUUGGGAGGAACUUCAUUAGAAGGAUCUCAAGUAUAUCUCGGUCUGUCUCCUCGAGAUCUUGUCCUUCAUUUUCGACACAAGGUCUUAAUCCUGUUUAAACUAAUUCUUCUUGAAAAAAAGGUUCUUUUUUAUAUUUCUCCAGUGAAUAAACUGGUAGGUUCACUGAUGACUGUGUUAUCCCUUUUUCCAGGCAUGAUUGAACAUGGUCUCAGUGACUGUUCUCAGUACAGACCCCGAAAGAGUAUGACUGAAGAUGCUGGACUUCAGGAAAGCAAUCCUCCUGCAGAUAAUUUUGUUUGUGGGUCUACUUCUGACAUUUCAAAUACCAACUUGGGAACUGUCAAAACAAUCAUGGCAGGAAACCAUGGAGACGGUGCUGCCAUCAAGACUGAAGAGCAUUUGUUCCAAGAAGAUGACAGCAAAGGACAGGAACCAAAUAAUACCAAUCAAUAUUUGAAACUUCCAUCUCGCCCAUCUCCAGAGUCUUCAGAAAGUGACUGGGAGACCUUGGAUCCUAGUAUCUUAGAGGACCCCAACUUGAAAGAAAGAGAGCAGGUGGGAUCCGAUCAGACAAACUUAUUUCCAAAGGACUCUGUGCCCUCAGAUAGUCCUCCAAUUACUGUACAACCUCAAGCUCACAUUGGGCAGGUGGUCCUGAUACCAGGGCUCAUUUCAGGUUUGGAAGAAGACCAGUACGGCAUGCCCCUGGCCAUCUUCACAAAGGGAUAUCUGUGUUUGCCUUACAUGGCAUUGCAGCAGCAUCAUCUUCUCUCUGAUGUCGCCAUUCGGGGAUUUGUUGCUGGAGCUACUAACAUCCUUUUUCGACAACAGAAACACCUCAGUGAUGCCAUUGUGGAAGUAGAAGAAGCUCUGAUCCAGAUCCAUGAUCCAGAACUCAGGAAGCUGCUUAAUCCAACCACUGCAGACCUAAGGUUCGCAGAUUACCUAGUGAGGCACGUGACUGAGAACCGGGAUGACGUCUUCCUGGAUGGCACAGGCUGGGAGGGAGGUGAUGAAUGGAUUCGGGCCCAGUUUGUAGUCUACAUCCAUGCCCUGCUGGCUGCCACGCUGCAGUUAGAUAAUGAAAAGAUAUUAUCAGACUACGGGACCACUUUUGUUACAGCAUGGAAGAAUACUCACAACUACAGGGUGUGGAACAGCAACAAGCAUCCAGCACUUGCAGAAAUAAAUCCAAACCAUCCAUUUCAAGGACAGUACUCAGUGUCAGACAUGAAGUUAAGAUUCUCACAUUCUGUUCAGAAUAGUGAACGUGGCAAAAAGAUUGGAAACGUCAUGGUCACAACCAGUCGGAAUGUUGUACAAACAGGAAAAGCUGUUGGCCAAUCAGUUGGAGGAGCUUUUUCCAGUGCAAAGACAGCUAUGUCUUCAUGGCUUUCUACUUUCACCAAUUCCACCCCACAAAGUCUCACUGAGCCACCCGAUGGGAAGCCCUGAGCAGGUCAUCAAAGGUUGCUCUUGCUUUCUUAGGUUUAUGUGUUCCUUGUCCAUCUGCUGCUCCCAGACUGUUCUUCAUCAUCAGCCACAGGUCCACAGCAGGGGAUUGAUACUUCAAACUGUUUACAUGGACAGUUGCCUUUUAUCUAAAUGAAUGUUGCAGGAUGCUGAAAAGAUGAAAUCACAGCCAUAGCAGGGAUGGCUUUCCAGGUUGGGGUUUAAAUCGACUACUUUUAUUUCAGCCUGAGCCUGAUUAAAACACACAAUGAACCUUCUAA